GUGUAGAACGUUGAGAGAGGACAAGUGUUAGACGGUGCCAAGUGCAAGAGCGGAUGCGGACAGUGAUAAUGAUAACAGACCGGGGUAGGAUGCGUGAUACCAGCCUAGGUAGGAUCCAGUGUCGUUCAAAGCUGUCCAGACUGUAGGAUCCAGUGCUCCUAGUGUUGCUUAUAGUGUGGCCCACCCUAGAGGAUCUUGUGGUCGGUGCUAGAGUGGUGGUCGCAGCCCUCACCCCCUACAGACACGCUCCACCUACCACCACCACCACCACAGCCACAGCCAACACCCACACCAGACCAGCGUCACCUCCCAUCAAACAAUCAGAACACAGGAAUAUCAGAGCGAGCGUCAGGACGGUGAAGCCAGGUCAAGCCACCAGCGUCUCCACUUGACAACCAUCCUCGGGGCGUGCAGCUCUCCCUGGGCCUCCCCGCUGGAGUAGUGUGAGGCUCCUGCAGGAGCAGCAGCAGCAGCAGCGAAGUAGCCAGCCCCCGCCCACACACACACACCGCCCACCGAGAUGGAGGGGGAGAUGACGGACCCCGGGUUCCCGGCCUCCCACACCACCGCCACCACCACCACCACCACCACCAGGGUCUCAGCCUACAUACACUUUGAUCCAUCAUACGUCAACAUCCGCAACAUCCCUGGCGUCCUCAAGUGUGCUCAGCUGGUGUUCAACUUGAUCGGGUACAUCUGCGUGGCGGUGUCGACCUACAACAGCAGUUCUCACGCCAACUGGUUCUCCUUCGUGUCGAUGACCGGGUUCUGGGUGACAGGUAUACUGCUGUUGCUCUACCUCAUGCACGUCAUCGAGAGGUUCUUCAUGGUGCCCUGGCUCAUGUUGGAGUUCGGGUACUGCGCCCUCUGGACCUUCUUCUACCUGACGGCGGCCUCAGCGUGUGCCGCCGUGGGUGGCGUUGACGGAGCCGCUGCCGCCGCCGCCUUCUUCGGCUACGUGGCCAUGAUCCUCUACGGUAUCGACGCUUUCUUCAAGUUCAAGGCCUGGCGGAGCGGCGAGCUGGCUCAGGGCGAGCGCCAAGUGCAGAUGGCAGAGCCUGGCAUGCCUUCCCCUGGGGCGUACUAAUACCCUGACUCUUUCAGCAGCGCUGGUGCCCCCGGAGAGAAUUAGGCUCGGGGUGUUGUUGUUGCCCCCGGGCAAGGUGGGGGGCACAGUGUUGCUGCUCCGAGGGCAGUGUUCCUUUUCAAGGGGUAGUGUCAUUACCCGGCGGGAAAUGUUGCUGCCUAUGGGUAGUGUUUCUGCACAUUGGUAAUGUUGCUGCCCUGGGAGGUAGUGUUGCCAUCCCGAGGGUUAUUGUUGCUACCCCGGGGUAGUGUUAUUGCUCUUCGGGAAGUGUUGCUCCCUGGGUAGAGUUGUCCCUUAGUAGAGUUGCUGGCUCAGGGUAUUGGUGUCCCUCGAUAAUUUUGCUGCCGCGCUGAUUGAAUUGAUGUUCCGGCGGUAGCUUUGCUGUUUCGGGGUAGUAUUCUUACCCCUGGGAAAUAUUGCUGUCUUAGAGGGGUAGUGUAGCUGCCCUGGGGGUAGUGUAGCUGCCGUGGGGGUAGUGUAGCUGCCCUGGGGGUAGUGUAGCUGCCCUGGGGGUAGUGUAGCUGCCCCUGGGGAGUAUUGUAGCUGCCCUGGAGGUAGUGUAGCUGCCCUGGGGGUAGUGUAGCUGCCCUGGGGGUAGUGUAGCUGCCCCUGGGGGGUAUUGUAGCUGCCCUGGAGGUAGUGUAGCUGCCCUGGGGGUAGUGUAGCUGCCCUGGGGGUUGUGUAGCUGCCCUGGGGUAGUGUAGCUGCCCUGGGUGGUAGUGUAGCUACCCUGGGGGUAGUGUAGCUGCCCUGGGUGGUUGUGUAGCUACCCUGGGGGGUAUUGUAGCUACCCUGGGGGUAGUGUAGCUACCUUGGGGGGUAGUGUAGCUGCCCUGGGGGUAGUGUAGCUACCCUGGGGGGUAAUGUAGCUGCCCUGGGGGUAGUGUAGCUGCCCUGGGGGGUAUUGUAGCUACCCUGGGGUAGUGUAGCUGCCCUGGGGGGUAUUGUAGCUGCCCUGGGGGUAGUGUAACUACCCUUGGGGGUAUUGUAGCUGCCCUGUCGGUAGUGUAGCUAUCCUGGGGUAGUGUAGCUGCCCUGGGGGGUAUUGUAGCUACCCUGGGGUAGUGUAGCUGCCCUGGGGGGUAUUGUAGCUGCUCUGGGGGUAGUGUAACUGCCCUUGGGGGUAUUGUAGCUGCCCUGUCGGUGGUGUAGCUAUCCUGGGGUAGUGUAGCUGCCCUGGGGGUAGUGUAGCUGCCCUGGGGGUAGUGUAGCUGCCCUGGGGGUAGUGUAGCUGCCCUGGGGGUAGUUUAGCUGCCCUAGGGGGUAGUGUAGCUGCCCUGGGGGUAGUGUAGCUGCCCUAGGGGGUAGUGUAGCUGCCCUGGGGGUAGUGUAGGUGCCCUGGGUGGUAGUGUAGCUGCCCUGGGGGUAGUGUAGCUGCCCUGGGGGUAGUGUAGCUGCCCUGGGGGGAGUGUAGCUGCCCUGGGUGGUAGUGUAGCUGCCCUGGGGGUAGUGUAGCUGCCCUGGGGGGAGUGUAGCUGCCCUGGGUGGUAGUGUAGCUGCCCUGGGUGGUAGUGUAGCUGCCCUGGGGGUAUUGUAGCUGCCCUGGGGGUAGUGUAGCUGCCCUGGGUGGUAGUGUAGCUGCCCUGGGGUAGUGUAGCUGCCCUGGGGGUAGUGUAGCUGCCCUGGGGGUAGUGUAGCUGCCCUGUGGGUAAUAUAGCUACCCUGGGGGUAAUAUAGCUGCUCUGGGGAGUAAUAUAGCUGCACUCGGGGGUAGUAUAGCUGCCCUGUGGGUAGUGUAUCUGCCCUGUGGGUAGUGUAGCUGCCCUGGGGGUAAUAUAGCUACUCUGGGGGUAAUAUAGCUACUCUGGGGAGUAAUAUAGCUGCACUCGGGGGUAGUAUAGCUGCCCUGUGGGUAGUGUAUCUGCCCUGUGGGUAGUGUAGCUGCCCUGGGGGUAAUAUAGCUACUCUGGGGGUAAUAUAGCUACUCUGGGGAGUAAUAUAGCUGCACUCGGGGGUAGUAUAGCUGCCCUGUGGGUAGUGUAUCUGCCCUGGGUGUAGUGUAGCUGCCCUGGGGGGGGGGGUAUUAAUAACAGUUGGUGUACACAUAGGGGCCAUCAUUGGCUAGUGUUAGGGCAGUAGUGUCAACAGAUCGUGAGAGUGUUAGCUAGUGUAUGACUGGCUCAGGUGCUGUGUGGUUAUUAACACACCUACACACCCACACACACUCACACACACACACACACACACCACACACACACACACACACACACACACACACACACACACACACACACACACACACACACACA